AAUACAAAUAAAGUGGUCUGAUAAUGCUUGCCUCAUUUAACAUCUGUUGACCAGAGCCAGAGGAAAUGUUACGUUUUAAGGCACUUGCAAUCAUAUUCGUCUUAUUAAUGCAAGCAUGUUUGCCAGCUUUGACACAGACACCAGCCGCAGGUGUGCCUGACUCUCCAGGAAUAUUGCGGCGGCUGGCAGAUAGAGCCAGGCAUGCCAAAGAUACAAUCCAGGUUGUUGGAGGAUCAGUAUACGGCUUUGCUGAAGCCUACUACGAGGACCACAUCCAACCAGUGACCAACAGAUACACCGAGUGGGCCUCUAAUAAGCGAAAGUCGGCGUGGGAGAGUGUUCAGACAGCUGUUGGGAACUACAUGCCAUCAAGAAACUACACCCACUAAUCAAGCCCCUAAAAAUGAAAGAAGCUGACUGUGAAAUACUGUUUCAAUAAAAUGCCACUGCUUCAA